AUGCCAUCGCUAGGCACCACCUACCAGCAAUCGAUGCUGAAGCACCCGUAUGGGUACGCGCUAUACGAACCGGAGUCGUCCACCACCCUUCAACCCGGCUUCUGUGGCUAUCUCACCGAACUGGGGCAAUGGACGCCACUGUUGGGGGUCGACGGAGCCCCAGUCCACCUCGGCGACGCGUCGUCGCUCGCUCGCAACGGGCUCACGCCGUUCGCGCACUUCCACCGAGCUCCGCCAGAUGAGCGAGCAUGGGGUCCGAAGAUGUCUGGCCGCAUGAACCAGAGAAAGGUGGAUUUUGACGCGGGAGCGGGACUGCUGCCGGCGGGGAUCCCGGCGGAUAUUGGGGCACUGUACAAAUACAGCACGCGAGACGGCUUUGGGGCGAUCUUGAUCACCGAGGGACCCGUGGUGAAGGAGUUCAUCUACGGCACGACGCCCUUUCGGCAGUGGUGCAAAGCCAACUCGGAAACGAUCCUUCGCAAGUGGCCGGACGUGCGGGAUCGCGGGCUGAUCAUCGUCACGUCCGCCUACACGACCAAGCAUGCCAUGAUCAAUGCCUGGUCGGAGACGGAAAAGGAGAUCGCGAUCGGCUUCCGCGCCGGAGUGAUUGAGAUCGGCGAGGUGGCGCCGUCGACUUCGUGGUACACGUCGAACGGGGACAGUGGGUGGGUGACGGCGAAGGCCGACCGGCUAGACGAGAGAAAGGUGGUCUUCUUUGGGGGACUGUAUUUCAAGUAUCGCAAGCUGGCAGCCAUCCUGCCUCAGUCACACGUCUUCAGCGCGGGGGCCGUGGAGAAAGCGAGAUUCCGUGACGCCGACCCCGAAGCGCGCGAGUUCCAGGUGGCCGAGCAAGGCGACGAUGGGGAUUCAUCGGAUCUGCUGGUCACGUCGGAGGAGUUGGGCGAGAUGGUCGAUUUCCCUCGCGACGAAGACGAAGAAGAAGAAGACGACGACGACUUCUAG